UAGAACAAUGAGAAAUGCAUAUGGCGUCCGUUUUCUAUUUUUUGCACUUUUGCUUCAGAAAUACUGUUUACGCAGUUUACAGUGCGAGUAUUCGCAUUAUUUAUUAAUUUUACGUUAACAAACCGCACCGACGUCGAAACCCGUUGUAUAUACAAGAAUAAUCGUUAAAAUAAAAUCGUUUUUCGUGAGUACGUAUGUUGAAACUUUUUUAAUUUGUGAAUGAAGAAAACUAUCUGUGAUAUUACUAUUAGUUAAAGUAACAACAAAAUAAAUCGCUUUGUUAUUUAUGAAUUUUGAAUAUUUACAACUUAAAUUGCGAGUCUGACAAUUUACUUAAAAAAUUUUACGUAAGUUAACCAAGUAUGGUACGGUAUGGUAUUCUUUAUUAAAUGCAAGUAUCCUAGUGCGAUGUCUGUGUCAACAACAACAACAACACCUUCAGCUGCGGCGGCCACGACGUUCGCGGACGAUGAGACCCAAAAGAUAGAUCAGGUUCCAGCUAAAGAUAGGGACGAGCAGAUGGACGGAUUGAGUUUGUCAUUGAAUGUGGACGCGACGGAAUUAAAUGAUCCGGCGAUUCUCGCCGUUAAACCCGGACAACCCGUGUAUCGAUACACGCGCGAGGAGUUGAUGCAACUGCGACAGGUUCCGCUGUCUCAGAAGCGACCCGAGCACCUAUGCAAUACGUUUAAUAACCCUAACGGAUUUUGGGACCCCGAGUUAUGGCAUCGAAACACAGUCGAUACUCUUCUAGGUCCGGAACCUCUCGACAUUCACAAGGUAAGGAAGCCGUUUUUAGCCGACGGCGUAGAGUAAAUAACACUCGAAAUA